CAGUCCAGUCGCAGUCAUAUCAGGCCCACAGAGAAAGCGGUCAAAGAUUAAUACACAGAGCUUCCCUAGCUGCAGAUAAGAGAACAAUCCUCAUGGCACAGAACACGUCAUCUAGUCACUGGAGAGAACAGGGGAAUGGCAUUUACAUAACAGCUAGGGAUAAUCUCUGCCCCUCCAUCAGAAAGGAACGGCUCAGACAGGCAGCAAACUGUUACUACAAAGCUUAUAACUUUAGUACUAAUGAAGAUGAAAAGGUGUCUGCUGCUAAGAACCUUGCUAUGGUGUCAUGGAAGACAGCACGGGUGGAUGAGGCAUGUUUGGAGAGGUUCUCCUUAAUGAUUCACCAGUACAAGGAGUCCUUCAAGUAUUUCUCCUUUGGUUUUCACCAUUCUGUCAACGUCAAGCCAGAGUCCUGGCGCGAUGGACUCCUGGCCUCAGCCAAGUCAUGCUGGGAGGAGUUAAGGGCGGGGCGAGUCAGCGAGCUUACUAUGGAGAACAGGGAUCAUACUUACCAUGAUCUCGUCCAGCACAUGCAGAUACCAGAGAUCCAGGCCGAGUGCUACAUUGAGCUCACUAACUGUCAUUUUCACUGUGGAAUCACUGCUAUUCAGAACAAGGAUUUUAAAAGAGGAUUGUAUGAGAUGAGGGACUGCUACAUGCCCAUCAAUGAGGCCAAGAGGCUCCAGGGAGAUAAAGCUAACCUCCAGGCAGAGGUUCGAAUCCUUGAGGAAGAUGUCUUCAUGCACCAGUGCAUGGCUGAAUCCUUGCAGGCCAUUAGUGUUGGUGAUCAGUUGUAUGGGAAGCUGUUAUUGGACGAGGAGGCCCUGAACAUGGAUAUGGUGUAUGAAGUGAUUGAUUGGUACAAACAGGCUGUUGUCCGCACACGUGAGGUUACAGAAGUUGAGAUGGAGGCUGUUGCUCUCAGCCGUCUAGGAAGGGUGUACGAUAAAAUUCUGAAAAUCAAGUACAAGGCCAAGGAGUAUUUGAUGAGGUCCAUGCAGUUAGCCCACUCCAUGCAUCCACGCACUUUUAACUCAGAAGACUGGUUCAAAGAUUGUGCAGAAAUUCUAGAGCGUUACCAGAAAGAGACCGUGUCAGCUGAGGAGGAAAAAUGGAACAAGGAACGAGAAGAGAUCAUAAAGGGCAUAGAGAAAGAAAUGAAGAACAUUGAGAAAGCUGAUGACAAGGACAGUCAGGAGUUCCUGCGUUACGUGUACAGAGUCUUCCCUCCAAAGAACAAAGAACACAAGCUAGAUGGAAAUGUGAAGAAGAAGGGGUCCUAUGUUGAUCAUUGUGCAUUGAAGAAAACGCUGCAGAAAGCUAUCAUCCAUUAUCACCCAGACAAAGUGGAUAUGGAGAAACAUGGGAAAGUGUGGAAGGUUCUCUCUGAGGAGAUCACAAAGAGGCUGACACGGAGAUACGAGGCCAUGAAGUAAAGGGUCGAUGAGAAUACCAGAACCAGAGAGAUCUGACAAAUAAACAUACGUGCAAAUUAUGUAAAAUCAUAUAAAAGUUUCAGAAAUCAUUCAGUUGUAAACAAAAAAGAAAAGAAACUCACUUCCUUAUAUUUUGACAUAUGAUGAAAAAAUAACAGCAAUUGGAAGCACUAAGUAUUGAAAUUAGACGUUGGGAAAUCAUCGUAUUAAAAAUCAGAGUCAGAUUUUUUUUUUUCCUUUUAUAUGUUUUGAUGUACAAAUUAGAUACAAAAAAAGCUUUGAAUACCUAAAAGAGACCAAUGGCUUUCAGCAGGAUUAGUUUCUUCUGAUGCCAGCUGUUAUUAAACUGAAAUAUUUCCUUCACUGAUAAAUGGAAGUCACUGAAUACUAGUAUAAUUAUGGUUAUUUUGAAGAAACUGAUAGACAAAUUAAUAUUCCUUAUGUCAAAUACUACACCUGGCUCUCGUAAGCAUUUCAGAUUUUCAAUUUAUGUCGGUAUAAAUUGUUUUCUCUUCGCAAUAAUAUUAACAGGUUACUUUUUAUGUCUAGCUGUUUUAAAUAGAUUUUUUUUCUAAAGUUAUCUUAGUGUUUACUAAUAUUAAGCAGAAAUUUACCUGUAUUUUAGUGCCAUGAAUUUUUUUUAUUAUGUUUCACCCUUGUUUGUAUUGCAUGCAUAGUAGUAUUUAGCUGUCUAGUCAUUGAUUAGUCUUUCAUAAGUGUUUUAAGGAUUAGUGCUGUAAUUAGUACUUUUAGUAUUAGUGCUUAGUAUUUGUAUUUGUAUCUUCUGGUUUAUUAUGCUUAGUUGUAUCUUCUGGAUUAUUCAUGUUAUUAUUUGGUUAAAAUCAGGUUAGCUUUGGUGAAUUUUUUUUAAC